UGAAAAAUUUUUAUCACAGUGAUCCCAUAAAUUAAAAAAACUAAACUUAUCUCUAUAAUUAAAAUCCUUCUUGGAGUACUUUGCGUGCUAGCGCGUACAAAAGCGUCGUCGAGGAGAGUUUCCGUUUCCCAGACGACGGGGAGCACCGCGGGAUCACAACAAUCGACCGAGCCGAAUCGAGUUGAACAGUGGACGACGACGCUGUUGCAAGGAUGGCGUUCGUCGAGCAACCGUCGCUCGGGCGGGAAAUCGCGGUGCCGGCCAGGUUGCCGAUGAUCCUGAAACAGUUCUGCAAAGCCGCGAUACGUACGCAGCCUUAUGAUCUGCUCAAGUGGUCUGGUUCAUACUUCCGCGCGUUAGCCGAUGGCGAGGAGCCGCCAGUCAAGUCGCGGCUUGAGUAUCCACCACCGAGCACGACCUCCGGCUUGACCCUAGGCUUCCUCAGGGUACUGUUGCGGCAAUUUGGAAAUUACAACAAGACACUACCGGUCGAGAUAAUCUCGCGUCACUGGGACUGCCUUUGCCUGGAUCGCAGAGACCUCGACACGAUCCUCACAAUCGGGGAAUUCCGUCGCACCUGCCAGGUGAAGAAGUUCCUCGCCAUAGCGGUGGGCCUGCUCGGUGCCAAUCUUACUGAGACGAUGAUCAUGGUCUGUCAGUUAUUCAGCCACGAGCCAGACGGUGGAUCUGCGAUGAUCCCACUCACAUUGUUUAUAGAAAUAUACGAAUACUUAGCGGGACUCGCAUGCGACGACAAAGAGAAAGAUACAAUGGAUCAAGACACAACGGAGCGCACCGCGUGCAAAGAGAGUUCUGUCGAUCGUACCUGCUCCAUAAAUAGUCAAGACACUGACGUGGAUAUUAAUUUAGAUUCGGAAUUGAUAUCUAAGGAUGAGGUUGAUCUAUCGAAAACCGAUUUGUCGAUGGAGCCGAUGGAGAACAGUUCACUUGAAAGAGAAACUACUAAUUAUAAAGAAAGCGAAUCUUUGAGUCAAAAAGACGAUAGCAAAAAUACGAUCGGUAAAAAAUUCUGUGGGGUGAAAGACUCCAACAGCGAUGGAAGUUUAUCUUCUGGAGUAAAAAAGCAUAUGAAAAUUAUGUGCUGUCCAAAUGUGCCAGGUAUAGGAUCUCGUUUAUCGGCCGAACGAGUUGCAAACGUAACGGCGUGGAUGCUCGAAUGCGCAAGGUUGCAAGAGGGUAUGGUUGGACCGCGAAAUAUCCGACACACGAACUGUCCACCUUUACAUGAACGAUCGACGUCAAAGUUGCGAUAGCGCAUCGUUAUUUAAUAAUGAAUACAAAGAACGCCGUCAUGAAACAUGUAUUAAUAACUCGUAGGACUAAGAGCUUCGACUUUCAGACACAAGUAUUAUUUGCAUAUCUUUGAUUCAAUAUUCUAUUAUACAUAUAAUCGAUUCUUUUAUUAAAAUGUAAUUACAAAAAA